AUGAACUCAGUUACCUGCAACUUUCCAGAAGAGGUAGAUGCUAAUGAGGAGAGCCUCAACCAGCGGAUUCUGGUUUUCCGGCAUGGAGGGCAGUUUGGUCCUCAGGCCCAGGGGGGCGCCGCUCGAGCGCAUCUGCAGCAAGAAGAAGACCCCGGCGAAGGCCGCCAGGACCAAGGCACAGCUGAGAACCGCCACCACGACCGGCAGCUGAGUGGGCGCAGUCCCGCUGAGGCCCGGGGGUUCCUCAGCUCCUCCUCCUCCUCCUCCUCCUCCUGCGCUGCUGGGAUCUGCUGCUGCUGCUGGCUCCUUCACCUCCUGCUGGGCUCCGCCGCCCCGCAGCCCCCCCGUGAGAGGGGAUUUCCGCUGGACCUGGUUCUGGUGCAGACAGGAAGUGAGUACCAGGCGGCUGUGGGGCGGGCAGGACAGGCAGUCUGUGGGCCCCGUGCCGGAGCAGGUGAGGCAGGCUGGGCUGCAGGGCAGGCAGGCCUGCACGGAGGACAAGUCCACCCAGUUCUCCAGGGAGAGGUUGAGCAGCUGCAGCCCGGAGGUGAAGCCCAGGGGACACAGCUUCACACAACCCUGGAGGAAGAGGGAGAAGCCGGGGCUGCACUCUGGAAAGAGUGUUCUGUCCGACCGGCACACAGCUCACGCGGCGUGGUGGAUGACCAGAAAGCCCUUCAGACCAUCGGCUGUGGAAAUGAGAUCUCACCGAUACAGAUCUGCUGGGCAUCAAAGGUCUUGCAGCUGUUGUUGGAGGGACGAGGGAAGUCGGGGGAAGACGGGUUGAUGACGCUGGGCCCCGUGCCCCACAGGAUGAGGGUGAACUGA